AUGUCAUAUGCUCAACAACUAAGAAAGUUCAUAUCCUCGCCGACUAAGCGUAACAACUCUGCCCAAGUCACUUCGAAUGUUGCUAGUCCUGCCAUAAUCCCCACCAUCAUCCGUAAUCACCAACACAUAUCACUGCUUCAAUCCAUACGAGGCUCGACGAGAAUGGAGAUUUCCCAAAUAUCCUCCUCGGAUAUAAUGAGAAUCAAUGAUCUCCACAAGGACGACGAGAUCGUGUUUCGAGGCCGUCGUGCAUCGAGAAUUCCCAUCAUCAUCGUAACUGACUACUCAUUUUUACGUGGCGAGUUUGAUAAAAUGAGUUAUGAUCCCGCCACCGACGAUGAUAAAUCGGAUGUAUCAAUGGACAGACAAUCUAAGGAGAAAGACUCUCGUCCUUCUUCUUCACCAACAAGCAUCUAUUCUCUUGUAGCGUCGUCAGAGGGAGGUGUCCCGGUAUCUAGUAGCACCGUUCGUUCAGACUCCCUUUCUGCCUCAUACAGACAAUUGGUCUCGCCGAUGACCUCAAGUAAGGCAUCCACAAUUGAGGGCACAAGUAGUGGUUACUCUGGGAGUGACAAUGGCUCUGCUUCAACUAGGUCGGCGGCCAAGUUGGCCGAUAUGUGUCACACCGACAUAGUUGCAGCACACAGUAUGACCUGGCACGAUUCUAACCGCUCCCAACAGGGAGACACGCGCAGCAAAGACCGCAAGUCUCAAGAAGAUCACACAGACGGCGAUUGUCAUGGCAGGGUCUUGCUACUUAUUGUCGAAGAUUAUUUUGGGACUCCAGCCUCGCUCCAAGUAGGGUUGAAUGAGCGUAUCCGGAUGUGGAUGAUCGAUGCUGCAGCUGGGCUAGACGCCCUACCGCACUACGCUAUUAUAGAUCCGGAAACCCUUGAGUCGUUAUUACAACGAACUUGGAUUCAUAUCAGUAGGAAAGAAAACCUUCUCAUUGUGGUAUAUGUGGUGUGGAGAUCAUAUAUUCUCACUCGAAGUGAUCAAUAA